AGCAGACACACAACAUUGCAGCACGGUUUUUCGAGAGUGAAGGAGUAUAAUUUCAACAAAGGGUGUCUCUUGUUAUCUUCUUUGUGAUGGUGAUAGGCUAGGAAUAUUUAUUCCUACAAUAGAGAUAAGAAGAAAUAAUGAAGCUUAAGGUUCCAUGUUGUCGUGUAUAGGCCUAUACUCGUUUGACUUGUUUUUUUAUAAUUAAAUUUUACGGAGAUAUAAUACCUGGCAGAUGGUCUAGAGCGGUUCCAGCAGCAGCCGAUCGAGACGAUCAUUUUCCGUGGAGUGAGUGACGGCGAAGACACUGUCAUUAUCUUGGAAUGAUCUGAAAGAGAGGGAGCACCUCAGGCGCCUGAAGUUAAAUAUCUACUGCGAAAAUCAGUGUAUAACCUUUUGGAUAUACCUUACUAGUCCUGGACAUACUAAUUAAUAAUGGCAGACUUUGCUCGACUUGAUGGCCUCAGUGUGCAGCAAGACCCAUGCAUAAGCCCCGCAGCGGCUACGGACGCAGUUUGCCUUGAAGUCCGUUUUGCUGAAGGCGAUGACAAACAAUCUAGCAACUGGUUUUCGUCAUUUUUAGAGGAAGGAGUCCACAUUCACGAACGUAGUUCACGUAGUCAUGAUGAUAAUACUUCCAGGGUGAUCUCUUUUCGGCAUCUGCAUACAACAGACUUCUUGACCAAUAGGGUUAACACUGGAAAGUAUACAUAUUUGACAUUUGUUCCCAUUUUUCUGUAUGAACAAUUUCGUCGCUAUGCCAACAUCUUUUUCCUCUUCAUUGCAUUACUGCAGCAAAUUCCUGGUGUGUCACCAACAGGCCGUUAUACCACUCUGGUUCCCCUUCUGUUUAUCCUCUUUGUUUCCGCUGUCAAAGAAAUCAUUGAAGAUUUUAAAAGACACAAUGCUGAUGUGGAAGUUAACAACAGGAAAGUACAAGUUUACAGAGGUCAGAAAUGGAUGAAGCGGGCAUGGCAGGAUGUGUGUGUCGGUGACAUUGUCAAGGUUGAGAGGGAUGAAGUGUUUCCAGCUGACCUCAUCCUUCUUGCGUCCAGUGAACCGCAGGCGAUGUGUUACAUCGAGACCGCGAAUUUAGACGGCGAAACCAACUUGAAGAUCCGUCAAGGGUUGCCGCAGACUGCUCACAUGACAAACUGCCAAGAACUCUAUAACCUCAGUGGGUCAAUCGAGUGUCAGCUACCAAACAGGCAUAUAUAUGAGUUUGUAGGAAACGUUAAAAUAAAGGAAGAGGCAACAACCAAGAUUCCUCUUGGACCGAACCAACUGCUAUUACGUGGUGCAACCUUAAAGAACACUCACUGGAUCCAUGGCGUCGUGAUUUACACAGGUCAUGAAAGCAAGUUGCUAAUGAACUCCCGUUCAGCACCCUUAAAGCAGUCGAUGGUUGAUAAGACUACAAACUCGCAGAUUUUUUACUUAUUUUUCGGCCUACUGACUUUAGCAUUGAUUAGUGCAAUUGCGCAACAGGCGUGGACAAAUAAACAGAAAUUUAACCACUGGUAUUUGGGAUACCAAGACAAAAAGCCGAGUAAUUUCUUCUACAACUUCCUGACGUUCAUCAUCUUGUAUAACAAUUUGAUUCCAAUCAGUUUACCUGUGACCUUGGAACUGGUGAAAUUUGGGCAGGCGUUGUUCAUUAAUUCAGAUAUUGAGAUGUAUCAUGAAGACACUGACACGCCAGCACAAGCCCGUACCUCGAAUCUAAAUGACGAACUCGGUCAAGUUAAGUACAUAUUCUCAGACAAGACCGGUACGUUGACGUGCAAUAUGAUGCAGUUCAGAAGAUGCAGCAUCGCGGGUAUCAAGUAUGGUUCUGCUAAAGAUAACAGUCCAGUUUUUAGUGAUCCCCAAUUAUUGCAGAAUUUAAGUGAAAAACAUGCUUCAUCGGCACAUAUCCGUAUGUUCUUGACGAUGCUGGCAGUGUGCCAUACUGUAGUACCGGAGCGGGAGCAUGGAAAACUGAGUUACCAAGCCUCCUCACCAGAUGAGGGUGCUCUGGUGAAGGCAGCUAAUGAUCUUGGCUUUGUAUUUACUGAAAGAACUCCAGAGUAUGUGGAAAUAGACGUACAUGGUGAAGUUGAACGCUAUUACAUACUUAAUGUUUUGGAGUUUACAAGCCAACGGAAGCGUAUGUCUACGAUAGUACGCACAGAAGACGGACGUAUAUUUGUCUUGUGCAAAGGAGCGGACACCGUGAUUUACGAUCGAUUAGGAAAGGACCAAGAAUUUAAAGAGUCCACCUUGCAACACCUGGAAGAGUUUGCGUCCGAAGGUUUAAGAACCUUAUGCUUUGCAUUCCGUGAAGUUGCUCAGGACGAGUAUGAUGAAUGGAGUGCAACGUUUUAUAAAGCGAGUACAGCAUUGAAAGACAGAGAGGCUAAACUAGAAGAGGCUGCAGAGUUGAUUGAGAUGAACUUCAUGUUAAUUGGCUCAUCAGCAAUUGAAGACAAACUACAAGAAGGUGUGCCGGAAACAAUUGCAACGUUGCUUUUAGCUGAUAUACGUAUUUGGGUUUUGACUGGCGACAAGCAGGAAACAGCCAUUAAUAUUGGGUAUGCAAGUCAUCUUAUUAACCAAAACAUGCAGCUGUUGAUAAUGAAUGAAGAUUCUCUGGAUCAAACUCGGGACAGACUACGUAUGUUAAUUGAUGAAUACGUGGAUCCCUCAGGGAUACAGAAUGAGGUUUCUCUCAUCGUAGAUGGAAAGACCCUGAUAUAUGCCUUGGAUUUCAGCCUCCGUAAAGACUUCCUUGAAUUAGCCAUCUGUUGUAAGUCUGUUAUUUGUUGCCGGGUGUCGCCCAUGCAGAAGUCUGAGCUGGUAGAACUGGUGAAACAGAACGUUCAUGCAGUCACGCUUGCGAUUGGAGAUGGAGCUAAUGAUGUCAGUAUGAUACAGGCUGCUGAUGUUGGUAUAGGUAUCAGCGGGAACGAGGGUUUGCAGGCUGCCAACUCAUCAGAUUACUCUAUAGCUCAGUUCCGUUUCCUAAAGAAGCUGAUGCUCGUACACGGUGUGUGGAGCUACAGUCGUAUAUCCAAGCUUAUUCUUUACUCGUUUUACAAAAACAUUUGCCUGUACAUCAUGGAGUUUUGGUUUGCCAUGAUGAAUGGUUGGUCAGGUCAGAUUCUGUUCAACCGUUGGUGUAUUGCAUUCUACAAUGUUAUAUUCACCGUUAUGCCACCGUUUGCGAUCGGUUUGUUCGAUCGCAAUAUAAGUGCCCAGAGUAUGCAGCGCUUUCCACAGCUUUACAAACCUUCCCAGAAUGCAAAAUACUUUAAUACAAAGGUGUUUUGGAUGUGGACUGUAAACUCCAUAAUACAUUCGCUACUAAUCUUUUGGAUUAGCAUCGGCGCCCUUCAUCAAGACGCCGCCUUUAAAUCGGGAUAUACAGGAGACUAUCUUUUUGUUGGUAAUAUGGUUUACACAUAUGUCGUUGUCGUUGUGAGUUUGAAGGCAGGUCUGGAGAUGGAGGCAUGGAGCUGGCCUGUGCAUUUUUCACUGUGGCAUGGGUUCUUAAGCUGGUUAACAUUCUUUGCUAUUUACUCAGCCUGUUUCCCUGUCUUCCCAUCAGCCGGCGACAUGUCAGGAGAGUCUCACAUGGUGUUCUCAUGUAGCAUCUUCUGGAUGUUGCUUUUCCUCAUUCCCGUUGCUGUACUAAUGCGAGAUGUCGUCUGGAAAGCUUUUUGUCGUACCAUGUUCAAGACUUUAGCGCAGGAGGUGCAGGAGGCUGAGAUAGAUCAUAUUGAUCCCACAGUUAUCAUUAAAAAAUCUGUUUCCAAGAGGUUGAACGAAACUUCUCGUCUGUUGGGAAGACUUAUAAAACGCAAGAAGCCUGUAGGAGGUGGAGGAGCCGAGGAGCAUGAACCCACAGCUCAUGGUUAUGCAUUUUCACAAGAGGAACAUGGAGUAAUAACACAGUCGGAGGUUAUUCGGGCUUACGACACAACCAAACAGCCACACAACGUCGUCAGUUCAUGAUGCUAGACAAACCAACAUGCAGAGUGCGCUAUAAAUACCGACAUGCGACACGUCAGUAACUUUCAAUCAAAGACAAAAGAGGUUUUAUUGCAUUAAAAUGAUCAGUUCGUGUAUAUAAGUGAUCAUUUCCUGCAAAUAGGAUAUAAGGUGCAUAUCAUUAUCACAAUAUAUUUUUUCAGUGUUUCACAGUUUGUUGUUCUGGUUGACUUUAUGUUGCCUUGUAUGCAACGUGUUAGCUACCAUGUAUUAAGGCUUUGAACACCAAACCUAAUAACAUUCUAACAACUAUCUUUAUAAUCAUUGUCUUCAUUAACAACAUCAUCAUCAUAAUUAUUUAUUUAUCCUCACAAAUACUUUUUCAUCAACAUUAGCAUCUUUAUUUUCACCAUCAGAAAAGAUAAUCUACCCCUCUGGCUCCCCUUCCGUACCCACCCAACACUGAAAACUUGCCAAGCCUGCAGUGAUGUGCCAUGUCUAGUGUUAUAAUGCUAGUCUAGUACCAGUAAUUUGGAGGCUAUGAAUACAACAUAAUUUUAAACACCAGCAAUCCAAAAGAAAUACAAAACUCAUUCAGUACAAAAAAAAA